AUGGCAGCCUCGAUGGCCUCGCAAGGGCCUAUCAAGGGAAUCCUGAAGAACAAGACCUCCCCGUCUUCCCCGGUAGUGGCCUCGGCUGAACAGCCCCGCCUGACCUUCAAAAAGAAGCUGAAUAAAAAGUCCCAGAAGUGGGAUGAAGUUAACAUCCUGGCAACGUAUCAUCCAGCUGACAAAGACUAUGGUUUGAUGAAAAUAGGUGAGCCAAACACUCUAUACCGCAAUCCAAUAACUUGUGACGACGAUGCUAACAGUGAUUCCGAAUGCAAUGAAAUGAUGAGUCCAGAUUUCUUAGCGAAGAAAUUAGCUGUUGAUGAUGUCUCCGAGCCAAAGGAUAUGGAACAAGAAAGUAGUGAAGAGGAAGAUAACUGCCUCUCUCCUCAAGAUCUAGAAAAGAAGCGGCAAUUUGAAAUGAAAAGGAAGCUUCACUACAACGAAGGACUGAAUAUUAAGUUAGCCAGACUGUUAAUUUCAAAUGAUGAUGACGAAGAUGAAGGAAUGUCAGAGACUGCAGACUGA